CUCUUGAGGUGUACCCGCCCACAAUGCUUCUUCCGGCCGCCGCCGCCGCCGCCGCCGCGGCUCGCGCCGCCACCCGCCUCGUCCCGCUCUCCCCAUGUCGGCGCAUAUCCUCCCUAAAAGUCCCGUGGAAGCGGGACCCCGUCCUCGACACCGCCAUCACCCGCGACCGCCGCUUCCGCCAGGCGUCCCGCCUCGUCCGCGAGGUGCUCCUCUCCCCGGGCCGCCGCCUCCGCUUCCGCUACCUCACCAAGCGCCGGGAGCGCAUCAAGCUCCCCGUCCGCGUCCCCACCUUCCUCAGACGCUACCCCACCCUCCUCUCCGUCUCCCCUCCCCCAGAGCCGAUCGCCUCGCCCUCCCCGCAGCUCCUCGCCUUCCUCGAUUUCGCCUCCAGCCUCUACGAGCUCCGCGCCCCGCUCCUCGCCUCCAGGCUGGCCAAGCUCCUCAUGAUCUCCUCCACCCACGCCCUGCCCGUCACCAAAAUCGCUUCCGCAAAGCGCGACUUCGGCCUCCCGGACGACUUUUUGGUCUCGUUGGUCCCGAAGUACCCCGAUCUCUUCCGCCUCAUCGGCGACCCCGGGCCAGACGCGUCUGGGAACGCGUUCCUCGAGUUGGUUGCUUGGGACGACAAAUUGGCGAGGUCGGUGAUUGAACUGAAGGCUGACAAGGAGGCUGAUGUCGUCGGAAUUCGGCCCAGGCCAAACUUUACUGUAAAAUUGCCCCAGGGGUUCUACCUCAAGAAGGCAAUGAGGGAGUGGGUUAGGGAUUGGCUUGAGUUGCCGUAUGUCUCACCGUAUGCAGAUGCAUCCAGUCUUUGUCCGGGAUCCCCGGAGGCUGAGAAGCGAACAAUUGGUGUUUUACAUGAGGUGUUGUCUCUGACAGUAGAGCGAAGGAUGGCACUGCCCAUUAUUGGGAAAUUUUGUGACGAGUAUAGGCUGCCAAAUGCAUUUGCCAAUGCGUUCACAAGGCAUCCAGGGAUCUUUUACGUAUCGCUCAAGGGUGGAUUCAAGACAGCAGUAUUGAGGGAGGCUUAUGAUGGGAAGGGGGAGCUUGUAGAUAUAGACCCAAUGCUUGAGUUAAAGGAGAGAUUUGUGGCAAUCAUGGAAGAGGGACAUAAAAAUUAUUUAGAAGACUUGAAGAGGAUUAGGGAGGCACUGCAGAAAGAGAGGGAGGUUGCAGGUCGUGAGGGUGAAAAAUUAGUUUUAGAGAUGGAGGAACAGCUUGAGGAGGAUUGGCACAGUGGGUCUUCCGAAGGAGAUGAUGACACGGAUGAUGCAUAUGAUGCAUAAGCACAGUAGGAGGCAAAUGAAGGCAGUGUUGUUAGUAGAUCUUGCAAUUCCAUUUGUCCCUGGUCAGUAUAGCUUAUAGACUGGCAGGCUAAUGCCCAAGUUUGUUCUUUCAUCUGCUGACUGUUAAUAGAAAGGAUGUUGAAAUUCGGCACACUGUCAAUAACUGCUGAUGGUGUCUUCUUAAUGCCCAGCUUGGACUUGCAGUUGUUGAGUGGGGCAUUCUUAAUAAAUCUGAAAGCCGGGAAGCCAUGAAAUCUGUCUACAGUGAGGAAUUGGUUGAUGGGACGAGGCAUUCUUGAUGGUGGCAAAGGAUGAAUUUUAAGCUGACAAUUUGUGAAAUAUCACAGUCAUGGGAUCGAAAUCUGGUUUUUGAAUUGCUGAUUGGGGCACAGGCUGCAGGAUUCGGCAUUCCUGAAGAGUUUCGUGGUGUAGUAAUCAGGCUCUAGUUUUACGAGGGCCAGAGGCUGGGUUAGUCCCCAGGUUCAUUGGAACCUUAAGUGGGAAACCAGGAUACGCCUGGCCGGCGACGCCCUCACUCCCAGCGAGGUGCGCCGCCCGGGAUUCGAACCCCGGCCCUCCUUUUUCGGAGGUUGGCAUCUAAGCCAGCCGGGCUACCCUCCCUACCCAAUCAGACUCUAGUUUUAGACUGUGCACCUCGGUCAUUAUGCCGGUUAUUUUGUUGGGGCUGUAUGCGCUAACAAUACUGGCGCAUGUUUUGGUCCGGUCUCAUGCAAUGGGAUGGAACUAAAGGAAUCCCAUUCA